ACCUUUUUUAUUCACGCGCUGUACAUUCACAUAUAAAUUCAAUAGCCAUGAGCAACCUUGAAAACAGUCUGCUACAACUUCGACUUACGACAAAGCAACUGCAGCGUCAGUCAAAGAAAGCCUCCAAAGAUGAGCAAUUAGAGAAAGCCAAGCUAAAGAAGGCAAUCCAGCAGGGCAAUAUGGAGGGCGCAAGGAUCUACGCCGCAAACGCAAUCCGAAAAAAAAACGAGGCCCUCAACUUGCUUCGUCUUUCCUCUAGAAUUGAUGCGGUCACCAGCAGAGUUCAGACUGCGGUCACUAUGCGCACUGUCACAAAGUCUAUGGCUGGUGUUGUCAAGGGCAUGGAUAAAGCCAUGGAGUCAAUGAAUCUCGAGACGAUAUCUCUGGUGAUGGAAAAAUUUGAAAAACAAUUUGAAGAUCUGGAUGUGCAGACACAGUAUAUGGAGAAUACAAUGGGUAAUCAAUCGGCACUAACAACACCACAGGAUGAAGUCGAUACACUCAUGCACCAAGUCGCAGAUGAACACGGAUUGGAGCUGAACCAAGAGCUUAGGGAGACUCCCGAUACAUUACUGAGCCAUACUAACAAAGAAGCCGAGACCAGAGAGCAGGAUGAACUCACAGAGAGACUCAGAGCGCUUCGCGGAUAACAUGAAAACAAAAAUAAAGCGUCGACUUCACAUUGGAUCAUAGUAUAUUUGGAUUGUGAUGGAAUAGCGACUGAGUGGGUGAUCCAUUAGGAACAACGGUCCCACAGAAAUAAAAUAUUGUUAGCAC